UAAAGGCAGCGUUAUUAUAAGUAUGAAAGGAACCGGCUGAAUGGUUUUCAUAUUACAACAACAAUCAUGAGUGUUGUGAGAACGUGUAUGUACUUACUGGUGUUAUCAGUGAAUUUUCACUAUGCAGUGGGCAAGCCGCUGUUCGGUGGUCUAUUCUGGUGUGAGAUGUUCUGCGACGACGAUUACGACGACGUGAGCACAUCCACGACGAGCACUAGUACAGAGGACAUGUUUGACUUCUUCGACGCCUGCUCCGGCUGCCCUACCUCGAGACCUUCCACGAGAAGACCGUUAAACAACUUCCCACCUCUAAACUUUGAAAUACCGCCAAACACGGGCAUGGGUGUGACUGUAUCCAACAGGAAUGGUUCAUGGUUCAUGAACCUGAAUCCCUGGACGUCACGGAACACCACACCACUGCCCGCAGCCGCCACUAGAGCCGCUCCUACGACAGCGGGCGCUGGUGGUACUACCACCGUUGCUACCACUACUGCUAAGAAGUAAAGUGGUACUUCUAUCGCUUACAACACAGCCAUAAUAAGAAGUAGACCAAUAAAUAGUUUAAGUAACCUAAGAUGAGUCGCCACUGUCGUAAAACCUGCAUUACGACAAUAUUGCCAUCCUCGUCAUGCUCUUUGAAAAAAAGAGAAAACGUAUUAAAUUUUCAGGUCAUUUCAAAUUCAUGGUUACAAAGACAACGUAUAUAUGUAGCUUGUUAUUAAGUCUACUUUUGAAUACCUUACCCAGUCUUUUUGAGUGAAUCUUG